AUGCCAUCUUUACCAAGAAUCAUAAUUUAUUUUGUGUUUAAGUCGACCACGACCGUGCCUGAUUCUGCUCAGGAGGAAAACAGGAUGUUAGCAGAGGCACGAAGAAUGUCCUCCAUUUUGUUCCAAAGCCCCUUGGAUGAAAAGCGGGUUUUACAGGCCAAAAAGAUGAGCCAAACGGCUAUUCAAAAUGCCUUCUCAGCGGCUGCCGAGAAGGGCAGGAAUGAUGAAACAAUGGCCCAGACAAGCAGUACUUCCAGCCCUGCUGUCAACAGGGUCAUGUCCAGGACACUGGAGAUGGAGGCCAAGAAGAUGUCAACCACAUCAAUUAAUAAUGCUUUUGCGAAGGCUGCAAUCGAAAACCGAUUGGCUACAGUUGCUGAGCCCAGACGGGGUGUUUUCUCCCGAAUCCUAAACUUCUUUAGUUGCACUUCUUGCUGUGGCAGGAGAAAUUAAUGACUUAUUAAUUAAUCAUUAAUUAUGUGUAUAAUGUAUAUUUUGAU